CCAAUUUUUCCACAAACAAGUUAAAAAGGGAGAGUCUCCUAGUAGAACAGACACCACUCUCUAUGUCAUUCGCCAAAACCUUGUUUUCUUCUGAAUUUCUAAGGAAUGUAUGGUAUGGUACCCUUUGGUGUUCUCUUCCUUAAUCUCUAGCCAGGUGCAAGUGAUUGCACACUUUGUUCAUCAAUCACCCAAAAAUUCAAGAAAGACCCGUUUUUGGGUCCAUGGAAGAAGAGCAAGAGAUUCAGCAUCAUAGGGAAAAGGAAAAUCAAGGGUCUCUGGCUUCUGGGGACAACAAUGAGCAUCGUUCUUUCAUGUGCCAAAUCUGCAACAAAGGAUUCAGCUCAGGUAAAGCUCUUGGUGGACACUUGAGAAUACACAACGUCUCUAGGAAGCAAUUGAGUAGAGCCAACCAAGGUGUUACAAAACCCAAAACCAAGAACAAAUGGGUGUUGGUGAGUGGCAACAACCCCACUUGUGCCCUUUGUGGGAAGAGUUUCUGUUCCAUGAAGUCCUUGUUUGGGCACAUGAGAUCUCACCCUGAGAAAUUGAGGAGGGGGAUUCAAAGCAUCAUUCAUAACAAUGGUGCGUCCUCCAAUUCCACAUGUUCCUCGACCCUCUCUGAUGACUCUGCUGUUGAUCUUUCUCAAACCCUCAGUGGUUGGUCUAAGACUGCCAAGAGAGGCCGCAAAAGCCCCUCUUCUAGCAAUGCAAAUUCUGGGUUAGAAGAUGAUGGGAUUGAAGAGCGUAUGCAAGAGGCUGUGUAUGAGCUCAUGUUGCUGGCGAGUGGGGAUCCUAAGAGGGAGGAAGAGCUUCAUGGUGAUCAGAUUCAAGAGAAGCCAUUGAACUGUGAAAAGGGGUUGCUGUUGUUAAAGCCAGAUUUUGGGAAUUCUGGUGUCAAGAAGAUAUAUAGAAAGAAAGGGGCAAAGAAAAUGAAAUCAAUAGAAUUAGAAGCAGCUGAGGAGGAGAACAAGCUGGUUAGAAGCGGAUUAUGCAACACCACUUUCUCAAGUCACCAAGCUUUGGAGGGUCAUCUAUGCAGUCAUGAAAAUUCUAAGAACAUCGAAGUUAUGGAGGAGUCCGAAUCUGUGUCUGCCACAGGGGACAGAACAACCAUGCAAGGGAAUGAAACAGGAACUGUUCUUGGGGGCUGUGCUGUGGAAGCCAUGAGAGGGUAUCAAUGUAAAAUUUUCAACAAGACUUUUUCAAUUGGUCCAGCAUUUGGGGACCACAAGGGAUCUCAUUGGACAGGCAUGGCAGAAGCUCAGUCAGCUCAAGAAACUUCUUCACUUGUGGAAAAUGGACAGAAUUGUUCCAAGGUUUUGGCUUUUGAUCUUAAUCAGCCUCCAGCUAUUUUGGAUGAGGAAGACGGUGUUCAAUCAGACUUAUUUGUCUCUGUCAAUAUUAUGGCAUCAUCCAGUUAUAAUUCUUCCUUCUAAAACCCUUACUAAUUAGUGAAUUCAAAUUUGGUCUUUGAUGAUUAUAGGGCAUGGAUGCUGUUAGCAAAGAUCAGUACUCUUUAGAAAUAGUUUUACUUUCUAAUUGUUCAGUUGAAUUUGUCUUUGGUUUUAGCUUCCUGUGGUGAGACACCAUGAUAGAUGAGGAACCAUCAUAGUUGUUUCCUAUGUUUUGUGUAGGGUCAUGCACUCUUGUCUUUUCUGUAUUUUCUUUCUCAAUGUGAAGCAUGAUGUGUCCAACCAGCUUGCUGGGGAGGAAAGAUCCGAAAGGGCAUUGUGGAGCUUUCAUUGGGAUAUAAAUGUUUCCUUUUUCUACUUAAAUGCAAUUG